AUGGAGAAUCAAAAGCCCUGUUUCAGGUUUGAGAUAGAUAACUUCUCGGAGAAGAAAGAUGCGAUAGCGUCUCAGACAUUCGUGAGUGGCGGAUGCGAAUGGUUUCUCUACGUUUAUCCCAAGGGAAAUAGUCUAUGUGAGGAUUACUUGCGCCUAUACAAUGCAAAUCCUAAAUCAUUGGGAAGUGAAUGGAAUGGGAGUGCUUACUGUUACUUCUCUUUGCUGAAUCAAUCUGACAAACAGAUAUACAAAUCACGGAGUAAUGAUCCAUCCUGCGUUUUCGAAACGGCCUUGCCUCUAAGCAAGUUACGGGAAAAAGGUUUGUUGGAGGAGGACAGACUCAUCAUUGAAGUCUACAUCAAAGUUGUUAAAGCUGCAUCAAAGAAGAAGGAGACUGUGGACAAUACCGGUUCCCAAGAUUAUGCUUCUCAGGUUGCAUUAGUGAGAAAGAUAUUCGCAGAGCACCCAGAAAUUGCAGAAGAAUUCAAACCAAAGAAACAAGUGCUUAAUACGCUGAGGAGUGCUUGCAGCAAGGUUAGCGAGCUAGUAGCGGAAGUAAAGGUGCAUGACUGGUUGAAGUCAAAGCUUAGUGACUUUUCCUCGGAGAGUAAGAAAGCAGAUGAUGAUCUUGGUGAAGUUCCCUUGGUGACUAAGAAAGAUGCUGAUGAUAGGGAGAACUCGUAUGAUGCUGAUGGAUCUAAGGUCCAACAACUAGAGGACAGGGUGAAGAAUCUUGAGCUGAUGGAAAAUGGCUUGAGGCUGGACAGCUUGAAGUCAAAGCUUGAGGAAGUUUCCUUGGAGAAGAAGAAAUCAGAGGCUGAUGGGUCUAAGGUCCAACAACAACUAGAGGAUAGGGUGAAGCAUCUUGAGCUGAUGGAAAAUGGCUUGAGGCUGGACAGCUUGAAGUCAAAGCUUGAGGAAGUUUCCUUGGAGAAGAAGAAAUCAGAGGCUGAUGGGUCUAAGGUCCAACAACAACUAGAGGAUAGGGUGAAGAAUCUUGAGCUGAUGGUUUCAGAUCUCAAAGUUGAACUGGACAACGAGAAGGCUAAAUCCUCUGCCGAUGGUUUUUUGUUGGUCGACUAAGGUUGCUUGAUGUAGAGAUCAAGUUUUCUUAGUUUUGGUUUUAUUUUAUUUUAUUUUGGUUUUAUUUUUUUAUUUCUAAUAGUAUAGAUUUCUUCUUAAUGGAAAGACUUGGUUAUGAAUUAUG